UUCAAGUAUAAUUUCAUCCGGGCAAGUCCGUUUAAUGUUUUUGAAUAAAAAUGAAUUUGAUUAAGAUUAAAGAUGGAAAAAAUUGUAUUCGAUUACCAACUGAAAAAAAUACAAUAUCCUUAAAAACAAUAAAAAAUUAUUUCCCACAAGCAAGUGGUUUAAUCUAUUUUAACACAAAGGAUGAAAAAUGUGGUGUGCAAUUAAUAGAAAACGAUUUCUUUAAAUUAGUCGAUGGAGUUGAUCAAUACGAAAUUUUUAAUUCAUCUGUCAUCAAUAUUCCUUCUAAACUUUUCAGAUUGUCCGCUGUGGAAAGUUGUAUUGCACUACUUAGUACAUGUGUGGAUUUAUUUAAUAACAAAUUGUUUUAAUAAAAAACUAAAAUGGAGGCUUUAAUAAAAGAAUAUUUUUAUAUGAAUUUUAAAUACGAAGAAAUACGUGACUUGUUGCAAAAAGAACAUAAAAUUAAUACUUCCUUAAGUAAUAUUAAACGAAUUGUCUCAUCACUUGGUUUAAGAAGAAAAAAUAUUCAAGAAAGUGACUUAAGAGAAAUAUGUACCGCUGUUGUAGAAGAGCUUUACUCAUCUGGUUAUAAUCUGGGAUAUAGAUCUUUAUGGUUGAAAUUAAAAAAAAAUAUGGCCUUACAGUAAAGAGGGAUACAGUAUACAAUAUCUUGAAAAUAGCAGAUCCAGAGGGAUUGGCAAACAGAUUUGCUAAUAGGCUUCGGAGGAGAGAAUAUCUCAGUCCGGGUCCAAAUUUCAUUUGGCAUACAGAUGGAUAUGAUAAAUUAAAACCAUUUGGUUUUGCGAUACAUGGUUGCAUUGAUGGGUUUUCAAGGAUGAUUUUAUGGUUAGAAGUUGCAACAACAAAUAAUGAUCCGAAAGUGACAGCCCAUUAUUUUUUAAAAACUGUAUUACAACUGAAGUUUUUACCUACUGUUAUGCGAUCAGACAAGGGCUCUGAAAACACUCUAAUGGAGUCUCUUCAAAUUUGUUUACGCAGUAAAGACGAUGACCAAUUUUCUGGAGAAAAAAGUUUUAUAAAAGGGAAAAGUGUGCACAAUCAACGGAUUGAAUCAUAUUGGGGACAAAUGCGACGACACUCGGCUGAUUUUUACAUACAGUUUUUCAAGUGCAUGGUGGAAAAGAAUCUGUUUGAUGGUAGUAAACUACAUAAAAUGUGUUUGCAGUAUUGUUUCGGUCCUAUGAUUACAAAGGAUUUAGAGAUGACUAAAACUCUGUGGAAUGAACAUAGGAUUCGAAAACAACCAGCAAGAAAUAAUAUUGCUGGUAAACCAUUUAUUCUAUUUGAAUUGCCUGAAAGAGUCAAUGCUCGUAAUUAUAAGAAAGGUGUAAAUGAAAAAGUCGUGCAACGGCUUCUUGAACAGUUUACAACGAAACCACAUUUAAUUUGUCCUAAUUUUGAGGAAUUAAUUGAAAUUAUUUUACCAAAUGUUGAAGUUGCUAGUACACCGGAGGAAGCUCUAGAAUUAUAUCAAAAAAUUUUAAAUAGAAUUAAUGAAUAUACAAAUGAAAGUUGAUAACUAAUUCUAUAUUAACGUUUGAGGAUUUACAACUUAUUUUUCUCGAGAAGACGCAUACAUCCAUUAUAAUUAUACCGCAUGCUUAUAUUGUAUUUUUAUUAUUAAACUCCAUAAAAGUGCGCGAUUUUUCCGAAUGACUUUUACAAACAUUUGUAACGUAAUAGAUAUUUCCGAAAAAAAAUUAAUAUUCAAAUGCUUCUAUAGCAAACUUAUAAAUUGUGUUUAUAACUCGUUGGGUGAUUUCAUUGUAAAUAAUCUAGAAAAAUU